GUAGCACUCCGCAGUGCUCGUGAUCGCGACCAGGGUUCAAUUCCCGCUGCUGUCGAGGCUGGGAUCUCAUUGCCAGGAUGGAUGUAUUCAAUCGUUUGGGAAGUAGCAGCGUUAAAAUCCUGGUCAUUCUUUGGCACCUCACACUUGUUCCAGGAUCCUCCAGCUGGUCGCAUCUCAAAACCACAUCUCCUUUAAGGCAGGGUUUCCCAUUCCUCGGGAUAUGGAAUGCGCCGUCAGAACUAUGCACAAACAAAUUUGGAAUCACAUUCAACCUAACGUCAUUUCCGAUGGUAUCGACCACACGGAGAAGCCCGUUCCAGCAGGACAUCCGGAUAUUCUUCAAUCGAAUGCUUGGACACUACCCUCACUACAAUGAGCUAACUGGUCAGGAGUUCAACGGUGGGAUUCCACAGCAAGUUAACAUGGCUGAGCAUUUGAAAAAAUCUGAGCAGGAUAUUCAGAUGCUAAUCCCAUCCACCACAUCCAAGGGCUUGGCUGUUAUUGACUGGGAGAACUGGAGACCCCUCUGGAGUAGGAACUGGAACCAUAUGUGCAUCUACCAGCGCCAAUCCACUGAGCUGGUGCAGCAGAGGGAUUUAUCCCUAAUGCGGGAAAAUGCAACGGCAAUUGCCAAGGCCGAAUUCGAGGAGGCUGCAAAAACAUUGCUGAUCAAGACUCUGCAGCUCGGCAAGAAAUUAAGACCCAAUCAACUCUGGGGUUAUUACCUGUUCCCCAAUUGUUAUAACAGCUGGCACAAGGGCAGGAAUAGAACGUACACGGGAAAGUGCCCCCAGCGGGCAGUAUCACGCAACAACAAACUCCUUUGGCUCUGGCGGGAGAGCACAGCACUUUUCCCUAGUAUCUACCUGCCCAAAGUUUUCCAGUCUUCCUACAAGGCAAAGCUGUUUGUGCGCAAUCAAGUACAGGAGGCCAUGAGGGUCGCUGCUCUUUCCAAAGAACACGCUCUCCCAGUUUAUGUUUAUACCAGAGCAAUGUAUCGCAACGCUUUUAACCAAUCCCUCUCGGAGGCCGAUCUCGUCAGUACAAUCGGUGAAAGUGCGGCCCUUGGAGCAGCGGGCAUCGUGGUUUGGGAAAGCACAAAUACAACUACCAAUAAGCAUACCUGCAACGUAUUGCAGAGUCACGUCCAGGACCUCCUGAACCAUUACGUCUUGAACGUGACCCAUGCUGCAAGGCUGUGCAGCAAGAAGCUGUGUGACAACAAUGGCCGAUGCCUGAGAAAACACUGGGACUCCGACAGCUACCUCCACCUGAACCCCAGCAACUUCAAGAUCCAUAGGGAGGCAAAUGGCCACCUGGUGGCAAGGGGCCAGGCCUCCGUGGAGGAUCUGCACUACCUCUCGGAGAAGUUCACCUGUCAGUGUUAUGUUGGGAAAGCUUGCAACUUUUAGUAACACUGACAGUGCUCCAACAUGUUUGUCCAUGGCCUUCUCUACUAUCAGGAUGAGGUCACACUCAGAUUGGAGAAGUAGAACCUCCUAUUUCUAGGUAGCCUCUAAUCUGAUGGCAUAAAUAUCAAUUCCUCAAACUUCUGGUAAUUUCUCCACUCUUCCUCUUCUCUCUUUUACCGUUCCCAUCAUUUUCAUUCUGGUUCCCUCUCACCUCCUCUCUUCUUCUUAACUGCCUAUCACCACCCUUCUUCCCUUUCUCCCCUGGUCCAUAAGAACAUAAGUAAUAGGAGCAGGAGUAGGCCAUCUGCUCAACCAUCCAAUAAGAUCAUGGUUGAUCUGGCCAUUGAAAUCAUCUCUAUCUACUUGCUUUUUCCCCGUAAGCCUUAAUUCCCCAACUAUGCAAAAUACUAUCCAUUCUUCUGGGGGAUCCACUCUCCUCUCCUAUAAGAUUCCUUCUUCUUCAGUACUUUACCUCUUCUACCUAUUAACUCCCAACGCCUCACUUCUUCAGCCCCCUCCCCCACCCACCUUCCCCUUCACCUGCAUAUGUACUCCUUCCCCUCCCCCACCUUCUUAUUCUGGCUUUGGCCCCCUUCCUUUCCAGUCCUGAAGACGGGUUUCGGCCCAAAACGUUGACUGUUUAUGCCCUUCCAGCUGCCUGACUUGAGCUCCUCCAGCGUUUUGUGUGUCUUGCAGAGGAAUAUUACUAAAGCUCACGCAUUCCCCAAGAAACACACUUCAGCAAAAUGUUACAAGUAACACAGGAAAUGCUGGAGGUACUCAGCAGGUCAGGCUGCGCCUAUGGAGAGGAAAACAACAUCAAUGCUUCAGGUCAUCAGAAAUACACUGUAGCAGGGGCUCCCAACUUUUUCUAUGCCAUGGAGCUUUACCAUUAACUGAGGGUGCGCAGACCUCAGGGUGGGGACUCCUGCGUUAUAAGGAUAAAAAGUCCUUUAAGCUGUGGAGUAAGCCUGAGACACGGGAAUAGAGAGAUCAGAAGGAAGAAUCUACAACAGGGUAAAGCUCUGGAAAGACUGAAUGACAGGAGAGAGUGAGAGGGCAAAUGGUGAAUAUUGGUGAUUAAUAAAAGGUGUAUCUGGGAAGUAAACACCAAAUCCCAUUAAAUGAGAUUUGGCAGAAAUUAUUCAAUCUUGGGGAAAAGCAUUUUGAAAUAUUUAAGAAUCCAUAGUAUAAAUGUUAAGAUCAUGAGAUCAUAAGGCAUAGGAGCAGAAUUAGGCCAUUCAGCCCCUUUAGUCUACUUCACCAUUCCAUCAUGGGUGAUUUAUUUUCCCUCUCAACCCCAUUUAAAGGCAUUUCCUUCUGGUGAAGUUAGGAAACAUUUCUGCACGCAAUGGUUGAUAGAAAUUUAGAAGUCCCUUUCACAAAGGCUAAUUUUUCAUGUAAAAUUUGAUAUUGAUGUAAUUUCAUAGCCAAAGGGACUGUUGACAUGAUCAUCGGAACACCCAUAAUCUAAAGAAUUAACUGAAGGUAAUGAACGUCCCGCACCUCCUAUUCCUCUUCUCUAGUGUGUAGAAAGGGACCAUAUGGCCCAUUGAAUACAUGCCAGCUCUUGGAACUAUCUUACAAUUCCUAUUUCCCCAUUAAUUUCCCUCGAAGUCAUUCUCUGAGAUAGACUCAUUAACUCUCCCAUCAUUCUCCUGCCAUCCAAUUUACAGCGACAAAGUAACCUAUCAACCAGCCCGCUUUUAGGACGUAGGAGGGAAACGUAGUUCCUGGACACAAUCCACAGAGUCAGAGGGAGUAACUGGAAGCUCCACGCAAGGGCACUGCGGUUGGUAUUGAACCUGAAUCAUGGGAGCUGUGACAACAUGAGGCUACUUAGCAAGCUGAGGACACGUGGUAUUACAUGAAAGAUACCAGCAUGGAUAGAGCAUUGACUGAUUGGCAGGAGGCAAAGAGAGGGAAUAAAGGUAGCCUUUUCUGGAUGGCUGCCAGUGACUAGUGGUGUUCCACAGGGAUCUAUGUUGGGACUGCUUCCUUUUAUGUUCUAUGUUAAUGAUUUGGAUGAUGGAAUUGAUAGUUAUGGUCUUAUAGUCUAACUUUACUUACACACCAGAAGGCAGGAGAAUGGGGUUGAUGCAGACCCAAUGGGCUGAAUAGUCUAAUUCUGCUCCUAUGUCUUAAGGUCUUACUAUUGAACUAAGCAGUCCAAUGUAGCGUGGAGCCAAAUUCACCCGGGAAAAGCAGCAUCAGUCCCCAGUCCUUGCUGUUUUAUGAUCCUCGUUUCCCAGUACUAUCUGUGUACCUAACUCAUGGACAGAGCACCACUCAUCGCUGACUGCGUGGGGGUGUGUACAGGACAGCAAGCACACAGGAGAUGGGUGAAUAGGUCUUGGUAUGAGUCAGGACACAGCCAGUAAAGCAUUGUAUUCAAAGAACACUGUAUACAACACAAGAACAGAUUCUGAUAUUAGUUCUUAAAAAAAAACAUGUUGCUAGAGGAACCCAGCGGGUCAUUCAGCCUCUAUGGAGAAAGAUGGACAGUCGACAUUUAGGGUCGGGACCAUUCAUCCACACAGACUUUGGUCUUAACCCAAAAGGUUGCACGUUCAUUUACCUCCACAGAUACUGCCUAACCAGCUGAGUUCCUCCAACAGCUCAUCUUAUUGAUCUGGACUACUGAGUCCACAUUCCAUAUCUCUGGAAGGCAUGGGAUCACUUGGAUAUCUAUCUCCAGUGGUUUCCUUGAUCUCCAAGGGGCGUUUUAUUAUGACAGGCAUUAUGUAAACAUUAUUACUAUUAAUUUGUUGUAUUGUAUGUUGAAGAACCAAUUUCAGAGUGAUUUCUAAGUGAUUCCCUGCAACCUUAUGGUAUCACGUUAGAACAUCAGAACCAAGGUCAGGCCAUUCACCCUCCAGUACCAAUUCUGCCAUUCAAUAAGAUCAGUUCUGAUCUUUUACCUCCUAUCCUUCCUGCACCAUCCCAUUAUCUACUGAUUUCCUCAAUAUUUCACCAUCCAUUGAUCUCGGUUUUGAGUGUACUACAUGCUGAGCCUCCACCAGGUGAUAAAAUUUCACUCCAUUCAAUGAAUCAAUGUUGUAGUUCUCUUCGACGCGCUCCUGGGGCAUUGGCUCUGAGCUGGCAGCUCCUUCGCUCGUUCUGCCAGGUAUUAAUGAGGGAACUGGGAGGUGUUGGCCUAAAGAUUAAAGGUUAGCUUUAUUUGUCACACGUACAUCGGAAUAUACAGAGACGUGCGUCAAUUGCUCCAACGACCAGCACAGUCUGAAGAUGGGCUGGGGGCAGCCCUCAAGUGUCUCCAUGCUCUCAAUGCCUACAAUUUACUAACCCCGAUGGAAUGCAGGAGGAAACUGGAGCACCUGGAGGAAACCUACAUAGUCGUGGGGAGAAUGUACAAACUCCUUACGGACAGUGACAGGUGUUGAACUCCAGUGCUAUAAAAUGUUACGCUAGCCUCUACGCUAUCAUCAUGGUACAGCCUCGGCAGGUUUCUGGCCACGUCAGCGUCCACGGUCAUUGGGUCACACUCUGUGUGAAUGACGAUUGUUUUACUCUCAUUCGCAACAUCUCUGCAUCAGACGUUAACAAGUUCAAAGCCAUUAUGGUUGCAUUAAUUUAUUUAGUUUUAUUUUUAUAUGAAGAAAUUUUAUAUUUAAAUGAUUCAAAGUGCAUUUAUUAUCAAAAGAAUGUAUAAAUUAUAUAACUUUAAGAAUUGUUCGCUGACAAGUAGCCACAAAGCAAGAAACCAGAAAGGACCCAGUCAAAGAUAAACAAAUAAAUGUAAAGACCAACACCCGAUGUGCAAGAGAAAGGGGAAAAAAGACAAAUCAUGCAAACAAUUGAAGCAAAUGAUAGUGUAUAUUACAAAUGAUAUUUUUAUGCACAAAUGCAUAUUUUGGAGAAAUCAAUGUACUGAUU